CCUACCGCUACGUUAGUACAUUGAAACAUGUGAUUAUAAUAUUUCUAAUAAUUUAUAUUAAUAUUUAAAUAAGAAAGUAUAUUAAUAUGUUUGUGAAAAUAACUUGAAUUAAUGUUACAUUGAUGUAUUAAUUGAUUCUAUCACUUAUUGACAAGAUUCUUUCAUUUUUGCAUCAAAUCGUUUGAAAAACAUAUUUUAAAAAUAAGCCUUGGAAUAAUAUAUGCAUAAAUAUAUAAAAACAAUAUUUUUGUGAAGCACAAAAAAUAUAAUACAGCAUUUUGUAACAAAUGGAUUUUUUUAAGUCAUUCAUAAAAUAUGAUCUUGAUGCAAAAGUGGGAUUUGUAAUUUGUACCAUUGCUGGUUAUUGUUUAUAUAAAUUAAUAAUGAAUCAGAUAUCUAAAAAAUCUGUAUCAGAUGAUGAUUGUAUUGCAUAUAAAGAGUUAAAUGAUAAUCAAGAUUGUAAAUUAGUAUUAGUUGUAAGAAAUGAUUUAAAAAUGGGUAAAGGAAAAAUUGUAGCCCAAUGUGCACAUGCAGCUGUAGCAGCGUAUAGAAUUGCUCUAAAGUACCCUCCUAUUCUAAAAGCUUGGGAAAAUUCUGGUCAAGUAAAAGUUACUGUCAAGGUGAAUAAUGAAGAUGAACUAAGAGCAAUAGCGAAAGCAGCCAGAGAUGUUGGUCUAAUAACAAAUGUAAUACAAGAUGCAGGACGCACACAAGUAGCUCCAGGAAGUAGAACUGUAUGUGGAGUGGGCCCUGGGCCAGCGCGAUUGGUAAACUUAGUAACUGGGCAUUUGAAACUUUAUUAGCAUCUUUUAAAAAAAUUCUGUUUUUUUAUUAUUGAAAUGAAUUUGUAUUAAAAAACAUUCCUUUCCAAUCUUUGGAAAGUUUGAUUAUUAAUGAUUUAAAUAAAUUUCUAUAACAAAAUUUAUUUAUGUAAAAUACUGAAAAAAAACUAAAGCAUAAAAUAGCUUAACUCUUCCAUAAUACACAAUCGUUGAUCGAAAACAAUUUUACUACACCAAAAAAAAAAAAAAGAAAAAAAAAACAA